AUGCCCAUCGAUAAAUCAUGGCAUGGCUACGCGAAGGGCCGCGUUCCAGAUCUGGGCUUUGAAUGGGCAUGGCAAGAUGCGCUACCUCCAGACGAACCGAAUCGAGACCCUCCAGUUGUUUAUAUACCUUUCGGUUACGAGAAGAAGACGCUUCCACGAGGCUGGCAAACGACACCAGAGAACAAACCACUUGAUAUCGACAUCGUCUUCGAGAAAGAUGUUGAGAUCGCCUUGCGGGAUGGCGCCAAGAUUUAUACCGACAUCUAUCGUCCCGCUGAGAUGGGAGGAAAAAAGAUUCCCAUUGUUGUGGCCUACUCUCCCUAUGGCAAAGGAGGAGCUGGAGCAAACUUGAUGGAUGUAGUGCCCUACAGAGUCGGAGUUCCUAAGAAUCGUCAGAGUGGGCUGGAAAAAUUUGAAGGCCCUGAUCCCAAUGAGUGGUGCCAACAUGGAUAUGCCAUUUUAGAUCCCAAUGCAAGAGGGUCGUGUGAUUCUGAGGGCGACUUGUACUUCUUUGGUCCCAAAGACGGCGAGGACUGUUACGAUAUCAUUGAGUUUGCGGGCAAGUUGGAAUGGUGUAACGGCGCAGUUGGCAUGGCUGGAAAUUCAUGGCUGGGUAUUUCACAAUACUGGGCGGCAAUGACCCAACCGCCCCACUUGAAAGCAAUUGCUCCCUGGGAAGGCUAUAGUGAUCUGUACCGAGACAUGAUGAGACGUGGUGGCAUUCCUUGGGCCCCUUUUUGGAAAUGGGUUCUGUUGGGAGUACCAGACCAGGCCGCGGGCGACAAGAGGACGUGCCUACGAUGGCCUUCCAACAUGAAUUUUACGACAAGUACUGGGGAAAACAAAUGUGUGGACUUUUCGAGGAUUAAUGUGCCGUCCUAUAUUCUCGGCUCGUAUUCCUCGAUGUUGCAUUCUGUGGGCGCCGUGAGAGCCUGGCAGAAUACUAACACGGAUAAAAAAUGGCUUCGUUUCCAUCCACACCAGGAAUGGUAUGAGGACUAUUACCAUAGAUCCAUGGAGGAUCUGGAUCGAUUCUUUACGAGGUACCUCAAAGGCGAAGAAAACGGCUGGGAAGCAACGCAUAAAGUGCGGGUCUCGCUCUAUCGAUAUGGGGACAGAUAUCCGGUUUAUGACCAAGUCCAAACGGACUAUCCUAUUCCUCGGACGAAAUACACCAAGUUGUUUCUUAGUCAGAAGCAGACAUUGUCACACGAGCCAGAUACAUCUAGCCCCGCCUCAGACUUCAUCCAUUCAUAUGAUUCCACGGCCCGUGAUAUGCUGACGUACGACUACAAAUUCAACGAGAAGACCACCUUGGCCGGCUUUUCCAAGCUCCGAAUAUUCGUCUCCUGCAAGGAACACAACGACUUGGACAUCUACGUUAUGCUACGCAAGCUCUCCGUCGAUGGGGAACUUAUGGAGCAGUCCAAUGUGCCACUUCAUGAACUCCCGCCAGACGUGAAAAGCGUCAAAGAUGUCAAGAAUGUCAAUCCAAUCAAGUAUUUGCUCCCGACGGGUAUGCUACGUGCUUCACAUCGCGAGAUAGAUCUGCAGAAAUCUACCGAGUACUGGCCUUUCCAUCCGCAUCUACGGACCGACUACGUUGAGCCGCUCGGAAAAGUGGUCCAGAUGGACAUUGGCAUCCGGCCAAUGGGAGUAGUCUAUGAGAAAGGCGAGAGUCUCCGACUUCAAAUCUCAGGUAAGACUAUGGCGUUGCCGGAGUGGGAUAACCCCCAUGUGAAGCAUCAAGAACCGGUUUUCAAUAAGGGCAGACACAAUAUCCAUCUGGGGAAGGACUAUGCCUCCGAAAGUUACCUUUUGGUACCCAGGCUGUAG